UAAGGCAUCCCAAGUAAGGCCACCUCUCUUGGUGUUGGUUUGGUUCACAGAUGGAUGCUAACGUCCGCCAUCGCGCCAUCGCCCUGUUUGCUGAGCUGCCUGGCGUGGUGAAGAAGAAGGAGAAGUACCUCAUUCAGGAGCAGGUGACCCAAAGUCUGGUCCCGCUGUUGCUUCACCUCCAGGACGAGGAGCCGGAGGUGGUGAAGGGUUGCCAGGAUGCCCUUGGCAAGUGCUUUCGAUUUUUGGGGUGGUCCUUUCCCAAGAAGAUCAACAGCAAGAAAGCUUGGCACGACCACCCGCAGAUUGCAGAGAUCCUCUGCCGGCAAAUCUCCUGGAAAGUCAAGAUGAUCCCCGCAGUCUUGCUCCAGUGCUUGGACCAUCUCCAGUGCCCGCAGGUUUCCAUCCGGAGGGCGGCGGCCAUAUUUAUCGGUUGUGCCACCCAGUGCACAGAGCCCGCUGCCAUCACUCAAGAGAAAAGGGAGCUGAUAUUCCUGUCCCUCUCCAAACUGCACCGAGAUCCUGACCCUUCCGUCCGCCUGGCGGCCUCACAAGCCACACAGAUGGUCCAGGAAGCCUGUGGGAUCCCAGUGGGCGCAUCCCGAACCCAGAACCAGGAGGAGCACGAAGGCCUCCCCAGCAGAGGAUUUUUGGACAUCCCAGAUCCUGCCCUGACUCACCGAUGGAACCCAGGCUCGCCGGUCUCCCACCAGAUUGUGGCCAGCAACGCCCGGCGGCGAAUCUCUGGGCCGACCCGACAGGCUUGAUUCCACACACCCCCAGGAAUCACUUCUUCUCUCCCUCUGGAGAAAUUCCCGAGUCCAGACGGACCCAAGAGUCCACCAGAGAGGUCCCAGCGGCUGGUCCCAGCGAACCGAGCUCAGUCCAGAGAUGAAAACCAGCAGAAGGCGCUUGCUUGGGCAGCACUGCUGGGAUUCGGCCGACCUGCUCCGUUUAGCAGGAGACACCCGCCCGCCCCUUCAGUUUUCCUCCCGCUUCCCAAAAAAAGCAGCGGAAGUUUGAGGGUCCGAGCCUCUGCAGGAUCAUGAAAUGUGGGAUGAGCACAAACAGAUGGGAAAGCUGGGAGGAGAAAGACACGAGGAUCAGCCAACCAGCCCUAGGCCUUGGCCUGCAGGAAGCCUUUGGCUUUUUGGCAAAUGGAAGUGCCGAUUCCAGGACAGGCCCGGAAGAGAUGACGUGAUUAGUCUCAGCCAUGAGAGGGGAAAACGAAAACCUCUGCGGAAGCCGAACAUUUGUAGAAGUCAAUGCAGCGAGAGUGCUCAUAUGAUCGUUUCCUAUGUUAGGAUAUAUAACGUGCAAUGAUGGCAUACUGUAUAGACAUGUAACCGAGAACAAUAAA